AAAUGAACGAGGCUUUGUUUGCCAGGUUCCUCCCAGUCGGCCAUAAAAGUCUCCAGCAGCAUGCAGGCUGAUGUUUAAAACCACAGUUCGGCUCCUUCAUCCCUGCUGCAGCUUUGUUUUAUUUUGAGGAGAAGAACCAGCCACAGUUACUGAGGAAGAACGAAGAGAGAGAGGACAUGGCCGUGCCUCUCUACUCUGCCCAUGGCUUUGCACUGAUCAUACAGAUUUGCCUGCUGCAUAGUGCUCAAGCCGGCGCAUACUAUGGGCACCAGCAACUGGCUCAGCAACACCAGCCACUGCCUCAAUUACCUCAGAUGUCGAUGGGCAGGGAAGGAAUACCGCAGCAGCAAUACAAAGGGAAAGAUUUGUCCCAUCUGCCAUUUGGAAACGAGAUGCCCAUGCUCCCUUACUAUGGAAAGGAACAGCCACAAAUGCCCUUGCCAAUGGGCAAACCCUAUAUGGGCAAAGGUGAAACUGUUCCCAGAGGUCAGAAAGGCCCUCAAGGUGGGAUUGGCCCUAAGGGUCCUCCAGGACCACAAGGACCCCCUGGACAAUCAGGAAAAGGUAUUCCAGGACCCCCUGGAAAACCAGGCCAACCUGGCCCACAAGGAUAUCCCGGAAUUGGAAAACCUGGUAUGACAGGACUGCCAGGAAAACCUGGAGGGAAUGGCUUGCCAGGUCAAAAGGGCGAGGUGGGACCAGGUGGUGAUGUGGGACCUGUGGGAUUACCAGGACUUCCAGGUCCUCCAGGCCCACCUGGGCUACCAGGUCCAGCAAAAUCAGGUGCACAGGGACUACCUGGACAGCCUGGGUUUCGUGGUGAACCUGGACAGAAGGGUGGUCCAGGGUUUCCUGGACCACCAGGACCUAAUGGUGAUAAUGGAAAUGGUUCUCCAGGAUUACCAGGUGCAAAAGGUCCAGCUGGGCCUCCUGGGCUGCCAGGUCCAGGAGGGUUACCAGGAUUAGGAAAGCCAGGACCAAUUGGACAACCUGGACAACCUGGAGUCCCUGGUAAGCCUGGUUCAUCUGGAGAACCAGGGAUUGCAGGACUACCUGGUAAAGAGGGACCACCAGGACCUGCAGGCCCACCCGGUAUUGGCAAACCUGGUUUAGAUGGUUUGCCAGGGCAGCCUGGUCUUCCAGGUGGAAAAGGAGAGCCAGGUCCAUCUGGUUUUCCAGGGGGUCCAGGCUUACCUGGAAAUGGAAAACCUGGAUUUCCUGGACCAAAAGGUGACAAAGGUUAUGGUGGAUUACCUGGCCCUUCAGGUCCAAAGGGUGAGAAAGGCCAUGGUGGACUCCCUGGAAUGAUUGGCCCACCUGGACCAGCUGGGCUUCCAGGUCCACCAGGUUCCAUGGGACCGCCAGGGGGCGUUGGUUUUCCUGGAAUAAAGGGAGAAGGUGGAGAAGUUGGGCCCAAAGGCCUGGCUGGUCUAAAAGGUGAACCAGGCCCUCCAGGACUUCCAGGAAAACCAGGCCUCCCAGGAGAAGGUGGUCAACCAGGACCAAAAGGUUUUUCUGGACCCUCUGGGCCUCAGGGUGAAAAUGGACAUAAAGGUUUUCCUGGUUUACCUGGGGCACCAGGUAAGUCUGGACCCAAGGGUGAAAAUGGUCAACCAGGGGAGAAAGGUAGUCCGGGUCCUAAUGGAAUUCCAGGUAUAAUGGGUGCAGGUGGACCAAUUGGACCUCCUGGACUUCCAGGACCAAAAGGAGAAUUUGGACCACCAGGGAAACCUGGACCUCCAGGUGAAGGAAAACCUGGACUUCCAGGGGCAAUGGGUCCACCGGGAAAACCAGGAUCUAGUGGACCGCCUGGUAAUCCUGGAAUACUUGGCUUUCCUGGUCCUCCUGGUCCACCCGGACCACCCGCUGAUGUAGGUGGCAUUCUCGGUCCAGGUUUGGAUGGGGGUAAACAAGAUGGCAUGCUUGAAGGAGACCUUAUUGGCAGAAAUGGUCUUAAGAUGCCUGCCUUUACUGCACAGCUUACAACACCGUUUCCACCGGUCGGCUCCCCUGUGGUCUUUAACAAGGUUUUGUACAACGGCAACCAGAACUACAAUGCUCAGACUGGCAUUUUCACCUGCACUAUACCUGGAAUUUACUAUUUUGUGUACCAUGUCCACUGCAAGGUAGCCAAUGUUUGGGUGGCUCUGCAAAAAAACGAUGAGCCAGUAAUGUACACAUAUGAUGAGUACAAAAAAGGUUUUCUAGAUCAAGCCUCUGGAAGCGCUGUGCUGCCCCUAAAGUCCGGAGACACUGUUCAUAUUGAGUUACCAUCAGAUCAAGCUGCAGGACUUUAUGCUGCUCAGUAUGUCCAUUCAUCUUUCUCAGGGUAUUUAUUGUACCCAAUUUAAUGUACCAUAAAUCAGCCACAAUUUGCCUCAGCGGUAAAAAAGGAUAGGAACCUUAACAUAUAUGAGCUGUACAUGCAUGGCAGUGGAAAGGUUUGCCAUCUAUACAGUUAAACUCAAUUGUACUGUAGGGAAAAGGCCUCAGUUUCUACUGUUAUCAGUUAUCAGCCUUCCGCACAGUGUCAUGACACUGGUGCUUCAAAUACUAAUAAAUAAUAUCCCUUCGUAUUAGAAAUACUAGUAAGGAAUACUGCGUGGAAGACUAUGUCACUAAAAACAAUAAGAACUGAGGCAUUUUCCCUAUAUUUUUGGUGCCCCAUGUGAGGGAACAUUGUGAAAGUUUACAUUUCUGAUUAUAUUAAGUAUUAAGGUAUUUUCCCUGUAGAACUGAUGCACCAUGUGAGGAAAUGAAUGAUUUUAUUACUAAUAACAGUACAGAUUCAAAUAUAAACCUUCAGCCACAAAGCCCAGGUCUGGCUGGCCUUUGUUGGAAUAGCUACAGUAACAACAACCACAAGUUUAACUAAGUCAUAGUUAUGAUCCUAAACCUUUAUAUCUGUAAGUUUCUGUGGUGGGCUUUGUGAAGAUUGCUGACCCCUAGAACGUAAAGAUAUUGUAAAGACAAACUGGUUACAAUUAGUCUUGACUUGACAAAAAUUGGCCUUAAUAUGGCCUGAGAUAUGGCUUUAAGUUUUAAACAGAGUGGCUGGCAACGCAUAUGCACUUAAAGUAAGUGCAUCAUGUUAUUUUCCUCAUGCAUAAUUCAAAUAAUCA